GGCAGUAGCAAAGUCUGCACAGAUACAAAAACUGAAAGUGUGUUCAGUACAAGAGGCAGAUCCGCUGGAUGUGGGUCUUGUCACCGAUGAGCCCGAGGAGCUCAGCUGCAGAAUUCAAGCCGAGCGAAAAAGUGCAUCCUCACUGCCUCUGGGCUACCUAUCUUCUGCCUGGCUGGCGUCAAGGUGCGGAGACGAGGGAGGGAGCGCCCACUCGGUUAAAACUAUCUGACAAAAUUACACCCCGGUGACUCCGCACCUACCUUGGUAGAGACGUAGAGGUUGGGAUGGCGAAGGAAACGAGAGGGAAAGCCGCUUCCCGCAAGCACAGUAUCUCCCACUGGCGGAUGCAGGACAUUGCACAGGAGUCCGUUGACAGCUCAGAUGAGGAGUUUUUCGAUGCCAGAGCAGAUGUGCUGGAGGGGAAGAGUGCCAUCCUCCUGGGGAUGAGUCAGUGGAACUCCAACGACCUGGUGGAGCAGAUCGAGACCCUGGGACACAUGGACCAAUCACAAGAGAGCCUGUAUCGCCUGGGGCGUCCUCGCUGUGUCCCUCAGAGCAGCAUUGACGGGUUAGAGGACAUGGAGAAGACCCAGUGUAAGACCCACGUGUUGCUGCUGGUGAUGCAUGGUGGGAACAUCCUGGAUACGGCAGGGGGAGACCCUGGCACCAAGGCUGGCGAUGCUACCACGCUGUCCUCCGUGCUGGAGAAGGUGGCUCGGGCACACUUCCAGGCCGCUGCAGAACAUGUGAUGAUCAAGCUAGUGGCAUGCCCAGCUGUGUGUGCCGAGGCCUUCUCCCUCGUCUCCAAUCUGAACCCGUACAGCUAUGACGAGAGCUGUGUGUCCAGCAGUGUUGACCACCUGCCCCUGGCUGCCCUCCCGCUCCUUGCCAUCGCAGCACCAAACUACCAGGACGCCGUGGCAACUCUCAUCACCCGCACCAACCAGGUCUACCACAGCUUCCUCGAGUCCCAGGACGGACAGGGCUUCACUGGCCAGGUGUGUGUGAUGGGCGACUGUGUGGGAGGUGUGCUGUGCUUCGACGCCCUGUGUUUCAGCAGCAGCAGUAGUAGUAGCCAGAGGCAGCAUAGCAGCCCCAGCCACAGCAGCAGCAGGAACAACAGCACUGAGAGCCUCAAGGAUAACCCUGAGGACAGCCCCUGUCACAGCCCCAGCCUGGGCCUCAGCUCCAGUAAGAGGCUGAGUAAGAGCAACAUUGAUAUCUCGGCAAUGCCCAGCGAUGGACACAGCCAGGCCAGACAGCCCCUUAGCAGGAAACAGAGCGACUCGUACGAUGGAGACACAUCUACUGGACAACACAGCUUCUUCAGCAGUCUGAUGCAGGAGGGGGUGGACCUGCGUCCCGGCAGCAGCAGUAGUCUGAUUUUGAACCCAGGGAGGUUUGACUUUGAGGUCUCUGAAUGUUUCCUGCUGGGCUGUCCACUGGGCCUGGUGCUGGCCAUGAGACGUACAGUACUGCCUGCUGUCCAGGUAAGCCAACUCCGUCCUGCCUGCACCCAGAUCUUCAACCUGUUCUACCCCUCGGACCCUUCUGCCUCCAGACUGGAGCCCCUGCUGGAGCCCCUCUUCCACAAGCUGCCCCCCUUCCCCAUGCCACGCUACCAGCGCUACCCCCUGGGAGACGGACGCUGCACACUAAUAGCUGAUGGUAUCCAGAGCCACCCAGAGGUGUUCCUGGAGGCAGAGCCCAGUCCUGGUGCCCCGACCGUGCCCCCUUCCCCUGAAACAGACAGUGGGAGGGGAGGAGGAGGGCGCAGGGCCAGUGUGUCCAGCAUGGACAGUGAGACAUCCUUCUGCUCUGUUGGCCGGAUGAGUAGUAUCAUCACCAACAUUUCCAGUAGCUGGUGGGGCUCUAAGAGGUUGGACUAUUCUCUGUAUUGUCCAGACGUGCUGACCUCCUUCCCCACUGUGGCACUGCCUCAUCUCUUCCAUGCCUCCUACUGGGAGUCCACUGAUGUAGCUGCGUUUGUGCUCCGACAGCUCAUGCGAUGCGACAGUGUGAAGACCCAGGAAGCUGACAGCAAGGACUCAGCCCCCUUCUCUCCAUCUAGCCCACGGGAGAAGUGGCUUCGCAGGAGGACGCCUGUCAAACUGAGGAAUGUGACUGGCAACCACAGGGUGAAUGAUGUCAUCACCACAGAGGAGGGACCACAGACUCUGGUUGGUCGGUUCAUGUACGGCCCCUUGGACAUGGUGACUCUGACUGGAGAGAAGGUGGACAUUCUCCUGAUGACACAGCCCCAGUCCGGCCGCUGGGUCCACUUUGACACAGAGGUGACCACCAGUAGUGGCAGAGUGGUCUACACAAUUCCCAAGAGCAAGAAGCUGGCCACCGGGGUCUACCCUAUCAAAAUGGUGGUCAAGGGAGAUCAGACAAGUGCGGAGGCCUACCUGACGGUGCUGCCCAGGGGGAUGGAGUGUGUGGUCUUCAGCAUCGAUGGCUCCUUCGCUGCUAGCGUCUCCAUCAUGGGCAGCGACCCUAAAGUCCGUCCCGGAGCUGUGGACGUCGUCAGACACUGGCAGGACCUGGGCUAUCUUAUCAUCUACAUCACAGGGAGGCCAGACAUGCAGAAGCAGCGUGUGGUGUCAUGGUUGUCCCAACACAACUUCCCCCAGGGCAUGAUCUUCUUCUCUGAGGGCCUGGUCCACGACCCACUGAGACAGAAAACCAUCUUCCUCAGGAACCUAGUGCAGGAGUGUCACAUUAAGAUCAACUCAGCCUAUGGCUCCAUGAAGGACAUCUCCGUGUACAACAUGCUGGGUCUGAGUCCUUCCCAGAUUUAUAUUGUGGGCAGGCCUUCCAAGAAGUACCAGAAUCAAUGUCAGUUCCUAAGUGAUGGCUAUGCAGUGCACCUCUCCUCACUGCAGUUUGGCCACCGGGCCAGACCCAAGAAGCUUUCCUCAGUACGCAUGGUCCUGAAGAAAGGCUCCUUUGGCCUCUCUGCCAAACCUGACUUCCUGUGUAAACGCACCCACCUGAGGAGAACCAUGUCUGUCCAACACCCUGAUCCUCCCUGCACCCCCAACCCCAAGCCUGAGCGGGCCCAGAGCCAACCAGAGUCUGACCAGGACCCCGGGGGAGGAGGGGGGGGCGGCGGCCAUGGUGUCUGGGGGCGGGCCUCCAUGCACCGUGGAGAAACGACACCCUGACGGACAGAGAGAGAUGGAGGGAUGAUGGAAGAGGAGGAGGACAGGGGUCUCAGUGUCCAGGGUCAAGUGUCGUCACCUAUAUUGGAUCUUCUGCUGGUAUCAGUUGUGUUAACCUCCUGCUUGGCUGCUUGGCUCUCUACACUUCUUUAACAGCUGCCCUUCUCCACUCCCAGGACUCAGUAGAUGAUGUUCCUCAAGCUUUCUCCUCAUGCUUGAAACAGCCAUGGAUUCAUCCUAAUGCUGUCUCUCAAGUUCAAAUUAUGUCCAAUGUGGCAAAAGUUUUUUCAGUGGCAGUGCUAAUGAAUCAAUGUGUUAUCGUUUGUCAAGCUGAGAGAGAGAGACACUUUGGUCAUUUGUAAAAUGGUGCAGAAACAUUUGCUGCAGAACAGAUCAACACACAGAUGCAACCAGAGUCAUAUGCCAGAAGACUCCCUCUCAUCCCCCACUGGGAAUAGUAACAGAGAAGAUCCUGUUGAAACCUAUGGAGGAAUGUUCUAGCCCAAGCAAUACACCACCAGGAGAUGUUCCAGACAGUGUGUUCAUUGACCUGCUGUGUUGACAGGUGGCAGAGCUACACCGACUGACAAUUAUUCUCUAUGUAAAUAGGACAGACAUCUUGUCCCUCUCUAUGGUCUGUGUCCCCAGGAUUGCUGUGGGCCUCUGGCUGCUUCACGCUGGGGACAUUAACCUUAUGUUCCUCAGCCCGGCUGACCUAAACUAACCCCACUCCAUCCUCCGCCCUAUAGCCAUCCAUCCAUCUCUCCCUCUCUCAUUCAGUCAGUCAUUGAGGCAGAACAUGGCUUCAGACAGCAGCCUGGUAGGGGGUCCAUGGCCACUGGUUGCUCUGGCUUGCACUAUACAAGUACUACAGUAUACCGUGGUGCUUGGUGGGCUGUAGUUCUGUGGAAUGCCUGUGGAAUGCUGUUACUCCUGCUGGCUCAGAUACGAUAGCAGGAUUUUCUUGCUGUUGUGAUCUUAUAUCGGUCCGCAGAUGUUGAACUACAUGUUUUACUCCUUCCCUGUCGAGGUUCUGGGCUCGUAUGAUAUGCUUUGUAAAGCUGUUUGAGGGAAGGCUUGUACUGAAUUGACUGAAAUUGUUUACAAGGUUGGUGAUGAGAUAGACACAGCCAUCAGAGUAGUCAUGACGACCUCUCAUGAGGAAUGAUGAAAUUAAUGAUUUGAUUUUGUUAUGGUCAAAAGUCUACGACAUGGACCUGACAGUUGGAAGAGAAUAUGUCCUGUUAACAUUAUAUCUUGCAAUAGAUCCUAACUUUCUUGUCAGGUGAAAUAACAUCAUUCAGAAUGCGAUAGUUAGCAUCCAUUUUAGGAAAGCUACAUCUUGAACUGUGAGGGUCAUUGGGACUAAUGAAGAGGCAUGUCUAUUGAUAUGAGAUACCAUGUCACCUUAUCAUACAUUGUACUAUGGUGGGUUAGGAAAAGAGCUCACCUCUCUUUGCAACACACAUAUUUUUCUAUGAUGAAAAACUGUGUGCAGAAAUAUUUUAAAAGUGUGUUUUUUAAACUUUGUUGUUUAAUGUGACUGAUAGUUACUUUUGCCUUAAUAUCUAUUUUGUUGUUGUGUAGAAUAAUGAAAAUGAUAUUACUAACUUAAUUGCUUGACCAAAGUAUGAGUUUGACAUUCAUGAGAAAGUACAUUGUAUCUACUUGAUAUUUUGUCUUGUAUACAUUUUAAGUAUAUGCUGGAAUGGAGUCAUGCUUCAUGUAUGCACUGUGUGUGUGUGUGUGUGUGUGUGUGUGUGUGUGUGUGUGUGUGUGUGUGUGUGUGUGUGUGUGUGUGUGUGUGUGUGUGCGUGUGCGUGCUUAUGUGUACGUUUCUGUAUAUUUAAGUAUUACGUUUCUGUAUAAUCAAGUAUUUAUGGUGUAAAUACCUGGAGCUCCAAUAUGCUCCUGAACAUGAAAGUAAAGACCAUGUAUUCUGGAAGGAGAAGUCGAAGGUUGUUCAGUGUUGCCUGUUAAAAGCAGGAGUAUGGUUCAGAUUUAAGAUGAGUGUUUUACCAAGGAUUACACUGGCAAGGUUUUUAUAACUGUCAAGAAAGAGCGAGAGCUUUAGCAUUGCCUCGGGGUUUAGUUUCAAACCCAUUGACUGGAGAAGAAUUUCUGUUGGUUGAAAUCAGAAGCGUUGAAAGAGAGAGAGAGAGUGUGUGUGUGAGAGAGAGAGAGAGAGAGUGUGUGUGAGAGAGAGAGAGUGUGAGAG